CGCUGUUUCGAGCGUGGUUUGCUCUCAGUCAUCCCAAGCAAUCAUUCUCUAGUUCUAAUCUCACGACUGUUGAUUCCAUCAUUCAUCUUCAUCUCCAUCGACGUUGUCGUUUUGCCGCCGAUUUACUAUUAAAGCUGGUACCUCCAGUCGCUAUUUCUCUUGACCUGAUAGUGGAAAGACUGACUGCUACACCCGGCAUUAAAAAAUGUUACAAUGGAUGGGUGGAUCAAGGCGGAAAGUGACAACAUCACGAAAGUCAACUCAGAAAAGAUGUCUAUCUUGCUUUGUAGACAGAAGCAAUAUUUUGAGCAAAAGAGACGGCAGCAGCAGAGAGCUGGUUUAGAGAGCUACAUUGAUGGAAAACCCGCAUGCACUCAGCAUUGUGACUAUAGUAGAUCGCUUGACAUUCUUAGUCUUCAAAAUUUAUCAACUGUAGCUCAGGAACACAACACCAGUACUACAACUGCAAAUGAUAAUUUGGAGAAUGCUGAUUUCUCUCUGAACGAUCAAGAUGCACUCUCUUCUCAAGCUAUUUUCACCAAUGAUGGCGUUUCUGUGGACCAAGCUGAGAAAAAUAAAUGGGCUCCAUCAAAUGGCACAGAGGCUGAAUAUCCAAAAAAGGACUCAGUUCAUUUACAGAAUGGUAAUGGAAAUUUAGCUGGAAACUUCAGUGACCUGGAUUCUUUCAAGUUGCCAAUGUCACACCAGAUACGUGUCAUCGAUUUACUUGGUGAUGACUCAACCAGUAAUGCUGAGGAAAAUUCAUUACGGCAGGAAGGCCAUGUUGCAUUCUCAAUCGAAGGUCUUGGACAAGUGGACACAGAAACUCCAGUUCACUCCCCAAAGAUAACUGGAAGAUCCUUUCUGGACUGUUACUCUCCACCAAAAAAGGCAGUGAGAGUACCUAUCAAAUCCAAACACUUGGAAUAUGGCUUUCAUGACCUAGGGUCUAGAUUGGAUGUUUUGACGCAGGAUAUUGAUUUUUCGCCAUGUAGCAGUACAAUAGAUCAGUCUUUCUGCACCAGGGAUAUGAUAAAUGCAGCUGGUGAUCCAAAGCAGAACUUCUUAAAUUUCAGAACACCCUCUUCAUACAAUUGGAACUGCUCCAAUAUGCAAGGGAUUUUAGAAAAUGACGAACUCGUCUAUAACAAACGAGACAGCAGCAGAAGAAUCUGGGAAGGCCGCUUCUUGGAUGAUGGCUUUGAUGAUCUGGAAGAGCAAGAAUCAUUCUGCACAAACUUUGAUGGAAGAGAUGUUGGUUUUGAUGAUUAUUAUCUUCCCAAAAGCCCCUGGAAGCAGGACUUAGAUUUUGAAGGCUGGGAUGUAAAUAAGAAAAGGUACAGCUUAAGAAGUCCUCAAACAUACAGUGCGAAAGCUUCUGUUAGUAACAACAUAACAUGUCCUCAAAGCCUCUGGAAGCAGGACUUAGAUUUUGAAGCCGGGGACAUAAAUAAGAAAAGGUCCAGCAUAAAAAGGCCUGAAACAUACAAUGUGAAAGAGUCACCUGGUCCCUAUCCGGAGCAUCUUACUAUGAAGGAUCUUCAUGGUAUCGGAAUCUCAGAUAAGAGGUGGCAUUCUGAUAUUGAAAUCGGUAAUGAUGUUAAAUAUAACAACUCUGUAACAGAAGACUCGAGAUCGAGGAGUUUGGCAAGCGAAGAAUCAUGCUCUUGCACUGCAGGAAGAGGUGCUUCGAUCAAUAAAUCAUAAUAACUGGGGAUUGACAAAAACCCGAAGUAACAGAUUACUAAACUGGAUGUCAGCCAUCUCCAAACCCGGUAUGUUACAGAAGGGAAGCAUCCAUCCUUAUACAAUAUCUUUGUAUAUCUUUACCAAUACCAACUAUCUUGCAAGACUUCCUAGAAUGCACCUUUCUGAAACACUCCACUAGUUAUUUAGUUGGUUAUCUGAAGCCAUUAUCCCAACAUAAGAAAAUCAUAUGGAUAAGAUUUAGCAAAAUGCAAUAGUUUCACUUUAUCAAAUGCAGUUAAAAAAUGUCAUAUGAAGAAAGACAGUUCCAUGGAAAGUACUUUGCUUCUAUGAUUCAA